AUUCUCGGUUUAACAACACAUUAAUAAAAAAAAAUGUAAAAAUAAAGUGAAUAAAUAGCAUGGUUUUAUCUUACAUGUAUUUUGCUUACUGUGCAGGAAAUGAUAGUAAAAAAGCAGGAAAUCAUUAAUAGGGGAAAAACCAUACUGUCGUAUGAGUCACGAUGAAAAAUAAUACGUAUGGCUAUAUUAUUGUUCCAAGAAAAUAACAUACAAACACGUUCCUCGGUGAUUGACGACUGUCAAAGUUAAGUGACCGACGCGAACGUGUGGAGUCUCUACACACGCAUUGACAUGCACAAAAUGUAUCAGCUUCUGACGUUGUCAUGCGAUUAAUACGGUUGUACGAUAUAUAAAUAUACAUAAACGCAUAUUUUUACAAGUCAUAGUCGGUAUUGUAAAAGUCUGAAUGGCGCGACAUUAUCAGUGAGUGCAUCGGCCGGUGAUACAGUGUAGUGGAUUAAAAGGUAUCGUAUCGUGAACCGAUGGUUCUUUGAGGUUAUGUUAUGGUACGGAACAGGUUAAGACGGUUUUAGAGAAAGACGAGAUUUGUGCCAAUGUAAAUAGCAUUUGGCACCGAAGCGACUUUAUUGAGUCAUGGCCGAUGAUGCCAUCGCAGCGAACGUGUCGUCCUACGAUUAUCAUAUGGUGAAUGCGGAGAAUGCCCAAAACACUUCCAGAGAAAGACGAAUAAGAGGAUCAGCAAUGCCGUCGGAACUUCGUUUGGUCAGCAGAAGUGAGUGGAUCACGGUCGGCGUACUAUGUUUCGUCAAUCUGAUUAAUUAUAUGGAUCGUUUCACGAUCGCUGGAAUGUUGACCGACAUUAAAGCGAAUUUCAAGCUUGGUAAUGACGAAUUAGGCUUCCUGCAAACUGCAUUUAUAUUAAGUUACAUGGUGUUCGCACCGUUGUUUGGUUAUUUGGGGGAUCGAUACAAUAGGAAAAUUAUAAUGAGUAGUGGCGUGUUCCUAUGGUGUUUAACAACAUUUAUUGGCUCCUACAUGAAGACAUUUGGAUGGUUUAUUUUAUUUAGGACUUUAGUUGGUAUUGGUGAAGCUAGUUAUUCUACAAUAGCCCCAACAAUAAUAAGUGAUUUAUUUGUUAAAAAUAUGAGAUCUAAAAUGCUUGCAGUUUUUUAUUUUGCAAUUCCAGUUGGCAGCGGAUUGGGAUAUAUAACAGGAGGUGAAACAGCAAGGGCUACAGGCGUAUGGCAAUGGGGUUUACGUAUUACACCCAUUCUGGGUGUAAUAGCAAUAAUUUUAUUGCUUACAGUAGUGAGAGACCCUAUUAGAGGGGAGAGAGAAGGUGGGGUUCAUUUAACAAAUACUGCAUGGUCCAAUGACAUCAAGGAUUUGUUAAAAAAUAAAAGUUUUAUGUACUCCACUGCUGGGUUUACAUGUGUAGCCUUUGUAACUGGGGCACUAGCUUGGUGGGCCCCAACAUUCUUGCAGCUAGGAAUUGCAUUGCAGUCAAAUAACAAUGUUGAUCCAGAUGAUGUAGCAUAUAAGUUUGGAUUAAUAGGAAUGGCAUCUGGUAUAAUAGGAGUGCCAUUAGGUUCAUUUCUAGCCCAGAGAUUAAAAGUGCAUUGGCCACAUGCUGAUCCACUAAUAUGUGCCGCGGGAUUACUGAUUAGUGUACCACUAUUAUUUUUUGCAACUAUAACUGCCAACACAAAUUCUGUUCUGUGUUACACAUUAAUAUUCUUUGGGCAAUUAUCUUUAAAUUUAAAUUGGUCCAUUGUAGCAGAUAUAUUGCUGUAUGUAGUAUUACCAACAAGAAGAUCUACAGCUGAAGCUUUCCAAAUUCUUUUUGCACAUGCUUUUGGAGAUGCAGGAAGUCCUUAUCUUAUUGGUCUGUUGUCAGAAGGACUGAAAACAGUUCUUCUUCCAGACUUGAGUAUGACUGAUCACAUGAAGUCAACAGUGCACCAAGUAAAUGACACUUUUGUCGAAUUUCGCAGUUUGCAGUACGCGAUGUUCUUGACGAUGUUUGUGGAAGUUAUCGGAAGCUUGUUUUUCUUCCUCACAGCGUUGCACAUACAGAAGGACAAAGCGAUAGUCGAUCUCACGAUUGGAGACAAGUAUCUAGAUACUAAGCAUAAUGGGCAAGCAGAAUCAACGCAUUUAUAAAUCGCAUCACUGGGCCUAUCCUGAUAGUGUGCUGUAUACCCGGUGAAAGUACUUCAGAUUCAACGUAUAUAUGCAACAACGAAAUCCAGGUUGAUGCGCAGGAAGAUGCGCAUAAGACAUGAUGGAAAAUACCUUACCUAUUUUGCAAUAAUUAACUGAUGCAAAUAAAUUAGGCAAUAUAAUACGGCGCAUCUAUUUCUAUAAAGAAAAAAGAAAUGUUUCGAACAAAGCAAUUAGGUAUACUCACAAUAAGAACUAUGUCACGCGUGACAUAAAGAUAAAAAUGUUCUAGAUAUAAAACAGGCAUGGUGGAAAAAUGAAUUGUAACAAUUUCAUUAGUUCAUAAUAUCCUCUAAGAGGCAGUUCAGUUAAACGAUGUACAGAAACAUUAUGCUUCAUGAAGAAUAUAUUUACUUAUAGUUAUUACAUAAGAUGUAUGAUAGUACUUUUACAUAUUAUAUUUUUAUAGUAGAGUCCCUCCCAGAAAAAUGCGUUAUUCUUAUGUCGUAUGUAAAAUAAACAUUUCUUGAACAUGUCCUGUAACGAUAUCAAAUCUCUA